GCUUGCGAGGGCUUCUCUGUGGCCGUACACAACCGACACCUAGGGGACUCGCUCCGUAAAGUUCACGGUUGCUCGAACCAGGUGUUGUUCAACAAUGCAGGAUAUGAUCCUGACUCUCUUUUUUUUACAACUUGUAUAGUUGUCAGUGUUGCUCAACAACAUCGAUGCCUUUAAUAGGAAACCUUGUGCAUUUGAUAAUCAUAACCUGAACAAGUAAGACACUACAAACACUAGUGAAUUAGUUAUCGUGCAUUUGCAAGGGUG